UUGCAGUCUUCAGUUUACGGGUACCCUCCUUGCGUCUCUGCACAUCGGCUCGGCGCUCCAAGCUAAACCCUAGGUCAAACCUCGGCUUGCCGGCGGCGGCGGUAGAGCGAGGGAUCCCCGGAGAUGCCAGCAGCCGCUGCGGUUGCGUCGGCCGUGGAGAGGCUACAGGCGGCGGCGCAGGACGCGGCCAACUCCUCGUCGCGCUCGGCCGCCGCCUUCUCCGAGCAGGCGCAGCAGGUUCUUGUGCCCAGGGCCGCCGGCCGGGUUGUUUCUCUGGCAACAUGUACAAAGGUCAGCGCUAUUAGCUUUGCAGUUGGUGUUGUGGUGGGGUUCACCCUCAAGAAAAGGUUACGCCGAUGGGCUGCAAGACUGCUGAAGAGAAUUAAGGAUGAUGACUAACACAAUCUUUUUCUAAUUAAUUUGUAGUUGUUCAGAAAUAUAGUUUCUAUGAACAUCAGCAAGACAACUCUUUGAGGGCUUGCACACAUUUGCUAUGAAAGUUUAUGAGUCAUCCGCAUCACAUCUGUGGAGUGUGCAAUGUUGAUGUAAUGUUGCCAAUAGCAGUGUUAUGGAUGUACCAUGCUGCCCAGUGCACAAUUCUUCACCGUUGUUGUACUUUGUUGUGUAAUGUUCGCUGAUAGCUUUUCAUAUGUGGCCAA